UGUGUAGUUCUGACUAGAUGGGGCUGAAGCGGACGAUGUUUUGUGUGGGACGAAGCCGGACUUACCGAACAGUCGUGGUCUUCCCAGCUCCCGCAUUUUCGACUAUUGCUAUUUCUCUGACAUGGACGGGAAUUCCCGGACGACCACACCCAAAUUUUUUAGAGCUGCACACAGAAAGAAGAUAUAGAAACAAGACGAAAAACGGGUCUGUGCUAGGCUUGAAAGAUAUGGCCUGCAGAUUUCAUGACAAAAAGCAAUCUAGGUGGCAAACAAGAUGAGUCUUCUGUAACUCGUUGACUGGCGAGUUUUUAUGUGUCGCAUUCUAUGACGUUCAGUUCUGAAAACAAAGUAGCAUCUCAU